AUGCGUGCGAAGAUCCUUCUUCCAAGGCGCAAUUCCAUUCUCAAUCUUCGUCCGUAUACUUAUCGACUCGCGCAGCAGCUCUUUUGUCGCUCUAGUGUCCGGCAGUCCUCCGCCCACAUGAUGACUGCGCUGAUCCCCAUCGCCGACGGCUCGGAAGAAAUCGAGGCCAUCACUCUGGCCGACGUGUUGACGCGCGGCGGGAUUCAAGUGACGCUAGCCACAGUCGGGAGCAAGUCGAAAAAUGUCGUGACCAUGUCACGAGGCGUCAUGGUGCAGGGCGACGCGGCUAUUGAGGAAUGUGCCGGCAAGAGCUUCGACCUCGUCGUGUGCCCAGGCGGCAUGCCGGGCGCAGAGCAUCUUCGUGACUCGAAAGAGGUGGUGGCGUUGCUGCAGAAGCAAAAAGAGGACGGCAAAUUGUACGGCGCCAUUUGCGCCGCGCCAGCUGUUGUGCUGCACACGCACGGACUGCUGCCUCCUGGUGGUGCUACAUGCUACCCGAGCUUCGAGUCCAAGAUGACAGGUGUGGACUACAAACACGAGACCGUUGUGGUGAACGGCAAUUGUGUGACUAGUCAAGGUCCUGGAACUGCCAUGGCCAUGGGAGUGAAGCUCGUGGAGCUGCUCUGCAACCGCGAGAAAGCCCAGUCGGUCGCUGAUGGAUUGCUCAUCACCCCGGUGCCGUAA